AUGCUGGUAGGGUUCAUCUCGCUCCUGCUCAGCGUGUUCCAGGGCGCCGCGCAGAAGAUAUGCGUCCGGGAGAGCAUCAUGCACCACAUGCUUCCCUGCCCGCUGCCGCCGCGUGCUGGUGCCAAGUACGGCGCUGCAGCGUUCACCGGCGUGCUGGGUGGUGCGAGGAGGCUCCUGGCUGGAGGCGGCGCCGCCAGUGACUACUGCCAGAGAAAGGGCAAAGUUCCAAUUCUCUCGGUUGAAGCUACGCAUCAGUUACACAUAUUCAUCUUUGUGUUAGCAGUCACACAUGUAGUUCUUAGUGCUAUUACAGCUAUUCUUGGAAUCGCACAGACAAGAAACUGGAGACGGUGGGAAGAACAGAUCCAACUCAAUAAUGACAGUGAUCCCCAGAUGAUCAAACACGUGCAGGAAUUCAAAUUUAUUCGAGAUCACGUUAAAGGGCACGGUAUUUGUUGGAAAAUACAUGGCUGGCUGAGGUCGUUCUUCAAACAACUGUACGGGUCAGUCACUGAGGAGGACUAUACAGCCAUGCGGCUUGGCUUCAUAACGAAACAUUGCAAGGGGCACCCGAAAUUCAAUUUUUACAAGUACAUGAUUAGAGCAUUCGAGGCUGAUUUCAAGAAAGUUGUUGGUAUAAGUUGGUACCUUUGGGCUUUGCUAGUGGUAUUGUUACUAUUGAACGUCCAUGGAUGGUAUGUCUACAUGUGGUUAUCAUUGGUCCCUCUCAUUUUGCUACUUGUCGUUGGAAGUAAGAUGGAACAUAUCAUUACUGAGUUGGCUGUCCAAGUUGUCCAGAAGCAUACAGCAAUAGAAGGGGACGUGGCUGUCACUCCCUCAGAUGAUUUCUUUUGGUUCCACCGGCCUAAAUUAGUCCUCCACUUGAUAGACAUUGUUCUGUUCCAAAAUGCAUUUGAGAUUGCAUUCUUCUUUUGGCUGUGGGUAACAUUUGGGUUCAAAUCAUGCAUUAUGGGAAAACCAGGAUAUGCUAUUGCUCGACUUAUAAUAAGUGCCGUCAGCCAGCUACUUUGUGGUUAUAGCACACUGCCUCUCUACGCUAUCGUCUCUCAUAUGGGAACUUCAUUCAAGAAAGCCAUAUUUGAUGAUAACGUAUCCGGAGGACUUGUCAACUGGGCUCAAAAUGCUAGAAGGCGUAAAGGAAAGAACGCAACAAAUCCAGAAGUUGGUGGCUCUUCUGUUGAUGGGAGAUAUGGUGGUGAUAUUCAAAUGACAAAUGCAUGAAAGGCUACUAAGAUAAUCUAUGUGAAUAAGAAAAACUACGUACUGCAUGAUGUCCUAUAGCGACCUUUCACAACUGGAUAUAGUACAUGCCAUAAAGGGAAUCAAGUUUGUUUGUGCUUCGAGUUUAUGAUUCUCCACUUGCACAUUUAAGGUUCUAGUUUUG